AUGGAAUUGUUUCGUGAUCCGGUAAUUGCAAAUGAUGGACGUGUCUAUGAACGAGCAGCAAUUACAAAAUGGAUUAAUGAACAUGGUACUAGUCCAUUUACUAGGCAACCAUUACAACUAAGUGAAUUACAACCAGAUGAUUACUUGAGACAAUCAGCAGCGCGUCCUCGAAAUUUAGCUGUUUCAUCUGAUGCGCAACAUAGCACAGUCACUUUCCCACUACUACGAACUGAUGCAAGACAAACGGAACUUGUAUAUCCCAAGUAUAAUGCAUCUCAUAUUUGCAUAUUUAGCAGCUGUGGCGUGAUUGUUUUGGGAAUUACUCUUACAAUAAUAAUUGUAUUGGUACAAUCAGGUUCCUCAAAGGCUACUGGAAAUGGAUAUUCCUAUUCAAGUAAGUAG